CUCGCCACCAUGCUCAUCCUCUUCGCCAUGGCGCUGGAGAGAUGCCUGGCCCUGGGCUGGCCCUACUUCUACGAGCGCUUCCUCAGUCCCCGCACGGGUUUGGUUGCCCUCCCUGCCAUCUACACCUUCUCAGCAGCCUUCUGCUCCUUGCCCUUGGUGGGCUUCGGGCGGUACGUGCAGUAUUGCCCCGGGACAUGGUGCUUCAUCCAAAUGCACCUGGAUUACCUCCAGCACAACGGCAGCAGGGAGGUGUCCGGGUUGGACGUCACCUUCUCGCUGCUCUACGCCACCUUGCUCCUCUUCCUCAUCCUCUCCGUGCUGCUCUGUAACCUCAGUGUCAUUGCCAACCUGAUCCGCAUGCACCGUCGCGGGCAGAAGACCCGUCGGUUGGCCACUCUCGAGCAGCCCCGGGCAACCGGUGGCUGCGGCCGACGCAUGUUCUCCAUGGCCGAGGAGAUUGACCAUCUCCUUCUCCUCUCCAUCAUGACCAUCACCUUUGUCAUCUGCUCCCUGCCAUUCACGAUCCGUGCCUACGUGAACAAGUUCAGCGAGGCAGAUGACAACCACGAGUGGGAUCUCUUAGCCCUGAGGUUUCUCUCCAUUAACUCCAUCGUUGACCCUUGGGUCUUUGCCAUCCUGAGGCCACCGGUCCUGCGGUUCAUGCGCUCGGUGCUGUGCCACCAGGUGACCCCCACCAGCCAGGACAAACAGACUCCAUCCCCUGCAAAGACAAAACUGGCAGCACAGCUGGACCCCUGUGGGCAGUAG